CUUCAGGAAGCUACCACAGUAUGGGGGGUAAAAUACAGAUUCCCUCCCGGCUACAGGAAACCCCCUCUCUCUGUUCUCUCAGACGAAGAAGGAAGUCGAAGUUUAAGAACGGUUAUUAUUGGUUAAACAACAAUUACUGGUGUUUCGGCUACCAUGGAUGAUAAAUGGAUAGACGAUUACUAUGAAACCUUAAGUCUUAGAAUUGAACAUGAUGGUUCCCCAAAACAACUUAUAUAUCCAAGAUCUGAAAUCAAGGAACCAUCACUUGAUUUAGACUCUUCACUUAAGAUGUUUUCCCAAGAAGCAGCAUGUGAUGCAGAUGACUGGACGGAUGUCAACACAAAGUACGGUGACAGGAGGUCAUUCGAUGGGUUUCUUGACCUGUUAGAAACGUCUGGCCUGGAAAAGUAUGCAUCCAACGAGGAUAAUGACAUCAAUAUUAGUUACCAGCAGAAUAGAUGGUUGUCUCUUGAGGCGUCUCCAGAUGAUGUGGUUAGGGACCAUGUGGUUUUUGCAAAUGAAUACUAUGGUGGAAGCUUGUCGUUGAUGAAACUUUUGCAAAGAAUUCGUUCAGAAUCUGGCGAUGAUUUCAGGCGAAAGCAGGCUGGGUUGUUGGAGUCUUUCCUCGAUCAACUCAUCAAGAUACAAAAGGAGCAGCGGUUUGUUGCAAAUAGUUUCUUUGACCAUCUGGAACAAUUGACUGUUGAUGGUGAUGGAGAUAGGCACAAUUGUCCUGUUAUCCUUUGCAAGGACCCCAUGGUCUCGUGUUUGUGGAAACAAAAGCACCUACUCGAUAGUCUGUGUAUCAUGUCACGUGAAUCGGUUUGGUUGUUGAAGCAACUCAAGGAUUCCCCUUUUACUAGUCCCUCAUCUAUCGAGGAGUCCAACAAGAUUCUUGACAUCAUCUUGGAAUUUAUUUCAAAAUUCAAGAAUUCAAAGGAAUCGUUGGAUCAGUAUCUUUUCGAUGUAUGUUGCCCCUCUAAGGUUCCUCCAGCUCAACUGGUUGCACAUAAUAAUGAAAUAUUAGAUGAUUUUGGAGGGCGCAUAAAAAAUCUUCAGGAGCAAGGCGUUGAAAGAAAAUCUGUCGCGGAAACGCUGCUUGGAUGUUUUUUAGAUGUAGUCAAUAUGAACUACAACCGUGUAGAGCGAGGCAAUCCGUCCAGAAACACCCGUUCUUCUCUUCGACAUGCGUUUUCUGAGGCUGCCAAAGAAACAUCGGAGAUGAUAAAUGAAGCAGUAGAGAAACUAAAUUCAGUCAGGCGUUCUGCGCUUACCGGCGGAGGCUCUCCACUUGGAAGUAUCGCUUUGUGGAGAAUUCUAUUUGAAUCAUCUCUAAUUAAUCUUCGGAUGGAUCUUAUAUGUAAAAACCACAGUGACACAGUCAAUCUCGGGCUCAGACCAUUUGACACUGCCACACGCGAUCAACUGGAUCAGAUUAGUCAGUCGAUUUAUGAACUUAUUACAGUUGGAAGAAGCAUCCUAGUUGAAUUUAUAGCCAUGCACAAAACGGUGGCGCAAGUUUCUUUUCUUUUAGGAGAUGCUUUCACAACUGGCGGGGAGCUUUCUAGUGAAGUUAGGGGCUUUGGAACUUCAAGCAAGGAUUUUGACCAAUUCUUAGUUGAUUUCGAACCCAAAGAUUUCCCUUGGGAUAAACACGUUGUUCAUGAUUAUUUUAAGAUUGAUGUUGACGACCCUAAGACGAGGAAAUGGAUGAAAGCAAAUCCAAACUAUGGAGAGUAUGUCGGUGGUGGUUUACGCAGUUGUAUUUUCUCUUGAAAGAUAUACUGUAGUACCUUUGUAAAAUGUGCAUACUGUUUGUCAUGGAGCUUAAUUAUCUUUUUAAGACGAGACAUUAAAAAUUAUUAUUAUUUUUGUGUUUUGGAGAAUUGGUAGUUUUUCUUCAAAAUAUUGUUCAUAGCUUAAGUUAUUGGUUGGAGAUUUGACUAUGUGUAACCGUUGUGGAUUUUA